AUGGAAGCAGAAAACCAGUCCAAGGUCCCCCAGUUCCUCCUCCUGGGACUCUCUGAGGAUCCGGACCUGCAGCCCCUCCUCUUCGGUGUCUUCCUGUCCAUGUACCUGACCACGGUCUUGGGGAACCUGCUCAUCGUCCUGGCCGUCGGCUCCGACUCUCGCCUGCACACGCCCAUGUACUUCUUCCUCUCCAACCUGUCCCUGGUGGACAUCUGCCUAACUACCACCCUCGUGCCCAGGAUGCUGGCGAGCAUCCGGGCCCGGAGCCCCGCCAUCUCCUACGCGGGCUGCCUCACGCAGGUCUACUUCUUCAUGAUUUUCGCUGGGAUGGACACUCUGCUGCUGAGCAUCAUGGCCUACGACCGCUUCGUGGCCAUCUGCCACCCCCUGCACUACACGGUCAUCAUGAACCCCGGGCUCUGCGGGCUGCUGCUGCUGUGCUGCUGGGGCCUCAUUUUCGCCAUCUCCCUGACCAACAUCAUCCCCAUGGCGAGGCUGACCUUCUGCCCGGCCACUCGGCUGCCGCAUUUCUUCUGCGAGGUGGCGCAGCUGCUCAAGGUGGCCUGCUCGGACCCACUGGUCAGCAUCGUCUGCAUGUACGUGUCGGCAGGUAUUCUGGGCAUCGUGCCCCUGGCCGGCAUCCUCUGCUCCUAUGGUCACAUCGUCGUGUCCCUGAUACGCAUGUCCUCAGCGGGGGGCCGGGCCAAGGCCUUCUCCACCUGCAGCUCACACCUCUCCGUGGUGGCCUUGUUCUAUGGCACGGGCCUCUGGGUCUACCUGGCAUCUGUCGUGAGCCCCACAACGGAGAGGAUUGCGAUGGCCUCGGUGAUGUACACUGUGGUCACCCCCAUGCUUAACCCCUUCAUCUACACCCUGAGGAACAGGGAUGUCCAAGGGGCGCUGGGCCGUCUCCUCAGCCGAGCCGACCCUUACCAAGCUCUUGGGCUCAGAAGUAGCUAA